AUGGACUGGUUAACACGCUACGCCUUGCUUUUUGUCCUAAUCUUAAGUCAGCGCAACAGCGCUUUUGGCGGUAGCAUUUCUAGUGAAGAAAUUUCUUCUUCUAGACCAAAUUCAGCUCAAACCUUUGCAACAUCUUUUGUUAACUAUAUAGUAGCUUCUGGAGUAUUUCCAGAGCAAGAGGAGGAAGAUAUGAAGGAAUUCAUUGAGACAUUAUCCAUGGCCGUGACAAGUUUAACUAAUAACAAGUGGGCGUCACGUGCUAAAAUUGAAGCAUUGUCAAUGGCAUUUGCAUCCGCAAUGGCUGAACUCAUCGUGAUAGAAGAUGAUGACGGUGAAAAUGUGUCUAGUGACCUUAAAGUAAAAGUCAUAUCUGAUGGCUUAGCUCAAGCAUUCAAAGAAACAACUGGUUCAGUGAAUGAGGGAUUUAUAGAGGAAAUUCAAGAAUUACUUGGCAUGUUCGCGCAUGCUGUUGUAAGUGGCAUAAAUGAGGCUGACAGCACAGCUGCUUACUUGCCAUCUGAACCUGAGCAUAAUGCUAAGCUGGCAAAAGCCUUUGAAUUUGCAUCUGGUACAGGAACAGUAUCUACAGACAAAGAAACGACAUCUCAACAAGUUACAUCUGCUUCAUCUUCAUUUACAGAACAGUUAUAUAAUGCUCUUAUAAAUGACCCCGGAUUUCAGAGCGCUUUCAGUGGAACAGUCUCUACAAAUAUUAUUAAUGCUUUUGCGACAGCAAUAGCCGGAUCUGUCGCAUCAGCUUCUGAGUUCAGUUCAGUGGGUUAUUCCUCAUUAGUGAAAGCAUAUCUACAAGCAUUGUCGAGUGAAAAAGAUGGUGCUACUGUUGAAGAUUAUGCUAGAGCGAUAGCUACUGCUACUGCUAAUGUAUUAGAGCAAAAUGGAAUUUUCUCUGAAGGUGUCGUAUCAGGGCAUAUAACAGCUGCUGUGAAUGCCAUUACUAGUGGUAUUUCUAGUGCAAAAAUUACAGAAAAAGCUGUUUCGACUACUUCUGUUGGAUUGGAAACUGCUGUUUCUUCUGAUACAGGAACUACAACUGUUCUUGGACAUGUUCCAGCAUAUACUGCUCCAGCUGGUACACCGGCAGUAGCUAUAAAUUUUGCCCGACAAAUUUAUAUUUCCCUUCUGGCUGAUCCUAGCUUUAGUAAUGUUUUUCAAGCUCCCAUUUCACUCGAUCGAGUAAAAAUAUAUCUUGCAGCUCUUGCAAAAUUCAUCGUAUCAAUACCUAGAUAUUCCGUAGUCAGUGCCGAUGAACUUGUUAAUGGUUACUUAGGAACUAUUAUUGGCAUUCCACCCGGGUCAGCACCUUCUAUUUAUGCUCAAGCAAUCGCACGAAUUACUGCUGAUACUAUGUAUAGGAAUGGUCUCUUAAGUUUAGAUACAGUUAAUGCAGAAUCAGGUAUCGUGCAAAAUGCUAUACAAAAUGCUUUACGUUCAGCUGCACUGGAAUCUAGCGCAAUAAUUUCUGAGACAGAACAAACUUCUGCAGAUCAGAAACCAAUAUCAGAACACACCAUAGAUGAUCAUCCUUAUAUUGCUCCAGAAGGAACACCAGCAGUGUCAGUUGCAUUUGCCAAAAGAAUUUACUUGGCUUUAGCGACAGAUAAACGAUUUGUUGCAGCUUUCACAGAACCUCUUUCUUUGACAAGAAAGCUAUUUCUGCUGUCAACAACGGCUCCUACUCCAGAGUUGUACGCUCAGGAAAUAGCUACAGUUACCGCUCUUAUAUUCUACGAGAAUAAUUUGCUGACAUGGCAAGCUCUUACAGCAGGAUCUGCUGCUUUGCAAGGUGCAAUUCAGAGUGCUCUAAACGCCGCAGCUGAAGAAGACACUUUAGCUUCUAGUGCUACAUUUACAGAAACAAGUACUACUCAGAUUUCAUCUGAAAGUCAAACAUCUGCAGUCUCUGACUCAACCACACUUACAGGAUAUAAUCCUACGGCUGGUUCAACUCCUGUUGCAAGGAAUUUUGGAAGACUAAUAUACAACUCUCUUCUUGCAAAUGAGAAAUUCUCUUCCGUGUUUGGCAUUGGUAACUCUUUUGCAACUAUUAGGUUAUUCCUUACAACAUUAGCUACCUCAAUUUGUUCCUUUCCGCAAUUUAGCUCUGUUACUGUGAGUGAACUUGUUGGUAAGUACAUUCAAGCAAUAACACCUAUUCCUCAAGGUUCAGACAUCCAUCAAUAUGCUCAAGCUAUUGCGCAAGCAACAGCUGAAAUAAUGAGCUCACGCAAACUGUUAUCUUUACAAGGUGUAACAGCUUUGUCUUCUUCUUUAGAAAGUGCUAUCAAUAGUGCUUUGGAAUCCUCAUCCAAAUCAACUAGUGUAGCCGAAAAAAGCAGCAGUGAAAUUGUUACAACUGCAACUGCGGAAUCUGGUGAAACAACUGAAAUUACUUUCUCAAGUUUUGUUAAGCAAUCAGGAAUCGCAUCAAAAUUUGCAAGUUCACUGUAUAAUUCCCUUAUGUCUAACGAGUUGUUCCAGGCCAUUUUCAGUCAUAUACAGAAUGCUGAACAUCUCGAUUUAUAUGGAAAGGCUCUUAUUAAAAAUGUUCUUACUCUGGGAAACAUAAACAUUUCCGAAUUAUCUGAUAGCUUGCUGAAAGCAUUCCAGACAAUACCUUUGGGAUCAAGUUUGUCGCAAUAUGCACAAGUUAUAGUAAAUACUGUAGCUGAAGCUUUUAUUAAACAUGAAGUAUUAAUUCCAGGUAAUGAAGAAUCUCUGGCUGCUUCAACUCUGAACGUUCUAAUAAGUGGAUUAAAAGAGCAGUCUGAAGAAGAAACUGCUCAAGUUUCCAUUUCGGAAGAAACAGCUGCUAUACCGGUUGUAGCAAAGGUAGAAACAGCUGAAAGAGCAUAUUCCGCACCAGCAGGCUCAGACCCCUCUGUUUCAUCAUUUGGGAGGAAAAUUUAUGAUACACUUUUAAAUGAUCCAACAUUUAGUAUUGUGUUUGGUGCUGAUAUAUCUACUGAAAAUGUUGAAGCAUAUUUAAAUGAAAUUGUAGAAUCGAUUUUAGGAUCUCCAGAAUUUCAGUCAUUAAAUCCAGAAGAAUUACUUCGAGCUUAUUUAAAAAGCCUGGCUAAUAUAGCGGACAAUGCUUCUAUUUACGAUUAUGCCCAGCUUCUUGCUGAAGUUACCGCUGAAGUUUUAUACGCAGCGCAUUUACUUGACGACAAUUAUGCGGUACAGGCAUCUGUCGCAACGGAUGCAAUUUCUAAAGGAUUAAAUAAAGUAAGGGCGUCAUCACUAACUGAAACUGUAAAAACAGAUACGUCAGAUACCGAGGAAGAAUCAGAACAGUCAGCCCUUGCAGUAUAUAGACCAUAUCAACCACCUCAGGGAUUCCCAGAAAUUGCUGCCAAUUUCGCUAGGGAACUGUAUAAUCAUCUAGUUUCAGAUGAUAAAUUUACAUCAAAUUUUAAAACUGGAGUAACGUUGUUUGCAGCUAAAGAUUAUCUAUCAAAAUUUGCAGUUUCUAUUGAAUCAUCAUACCCUUCGAUAACACCUGAUGAAUUAAAUUCAGCUUUCCGAUCAGCACUUUCGGCUCUUUCCGAAACGUCAGACUUGUAUGAUUUAGCAGCUCUUAUAGCAAAUAUUACCUCUGAAACCCUUUUAAAAUAUCAUGCAAUUAGCGUGGACAGUUAUUCAUCAGACACUCAAACUGUAUUAAAAGCCUCUAAUGAGGGAUUAGGUCAAACCAUAUCAACAGCUCAACAAUCUUUAUCGGAAACAGAACAAGAAGUCGGCUAUCAAGCUACUGUCGGAACAGCUUCUUUUGCAGCAGAUUUUGGAAGACAGAUAUAUAACGCUCUUCUUUCAAGCAUAAGAUUUAGCGACGCUUUUACGGGAGCUAUCACAUUGCUCAAAAUAAGGCCAUUCUUCACAAUUUUGGCGGAGAAUAUAAUUGCUAUUCCUCAAUUUAGUUCGCUUACACUGAAUGAUUUGGUGGAUCCUUAUAUUUCUGCUGUUCUCCAAAUCCCCCCGGGUUCCGCACUUCGUAUUUAUGCCCAAGAAAUUGCUCGAUUAACGGUUAGCAUUCUCUUAUCCAAGAACUUGCUAACUUCCGAAGCCGCUUCACUUGCAGGAACAUCCAUUCAAAGUGCAAUAGCUGCAGCUGUAGAAACCUCUUCAGCUACCCGAACGGACUCUUCUACCACAACCUCUGAGCUCGAGACUGCGGAAUCACAAAGUCACCUAGUACUGAGCGAUGAAAUUGGUUAUACGGCCAGAGCAGGAGCAACUAUUCUCGAAUCCGCGCUCGGAGAGAAAUUCUACAAUGCACUGAUAACGAAUGCAGGAUUUCAACAGGCGUUUGACGGAGAAAUACUGAUUGAAAGAUUGAGAGCGUUCAUUAAUGCUCUGGCUAGCCAAAUAAUAGCCAUACCUCAAUUUAGAUCUUUGGAGCUGGAUGUCUUACUCCGUCUAUAUACAGAAGCCAUUCUUUCUAUUGCGAGCGGUUCACCACUGCGAUUAUAUGCUCAGGGAAUUUCCGAGACUACAGCUCAGUUACUCUACUCCAGAAACUUACUCACAUUGCAGCUUGUUGACAAUUUAGAUAGCGCGAUAGAAACUGCUGUAUCGAGGGCAAUUUCUGAAUUACAACUCAGCACUAGUGGAGCAGAAUUGGAGAAGAAGAGGAAAGCACCACUGUGACAACAGAAGAAGCGAUAGGAGUUACGACACAAGAAGAAACUCUGGAAGAAGAAGAAGCAGAAGAAGAAGCGGAACUUGAAGAUCAAGCUGCUCGACUACAAGCGCAGGCAUAUGUGGCACCUGACGGCUUAACGACUUCUCAAAUUUUGUUCGCCAGAGCAUUGUACCUCAACUUGCUACAAGAUGGAACAUUCAGAUCAGCGUUCAGUGCUGGGCUAUCUGUGGACGCUGCUAGGGAGGUGUUUUCACGUGCUGCAAUUUCUUUGUCCCUCCUUCCGCCAUUAAGUCGAGUCCGUCCCGUAAAAUUUACUGUCGCAUACAGAACUGCACUUUCUUUGCUAUCGGAUGACGGUACCUUGUCAGGUUUCGCUAAAGUGUUCGCGGACGGGACAACGUUAGUCCUUGCGAACUACGCUUUGAUUGAAGAAGGAAACGAAGAGAAUCUAGCAACGCUGGUUGUGAGCGCAUUAAGCAGUGGUAUAGAAGGCGCGUGCUGAAGGCAUCUUUGCUGAAGCAUCCGAAACUGAAGCUACGGCAGAAGAAACAGAGUCGAUAUCCACUACCACUUCUGCUCUCGAAACGGCAGCAACGACUGAAGAAUCUGUCUCCAAAACUGAGGAAGAGGUUGGCUUCCAGGCUGCAGCCGGAACAUCUUCUUAUGCAGCAGAGUUUGGAAGACAGAUAUACGAUGCUCUUCUUUCAAAUCCAAGGUUUACUGAAAGUUUUACGGGAGAAAUCACACUGCUGCGAAUAAGGCCGUUCUUCACAGUUCUCGCGGAGAAUAUAAUAGCUAUACCUGUGUUCAGUUCGCUUACGCUGAAUGACUUGGUAGAUCCUUACAUUUCUACAGUUCUGCGGAUAGAACCCGGUUCACCACUUCGUGCUUAUGCCCAGGAAAUUGCAGGAUUAACUGUUGAAAUUCUGUUAUCCAAGAACUUGCUAACUUCCGAAGCUGCUUCACUUGCAAGAACAUCUGUGCAAAGCGCAAUCUCUACAGCCUUAGAAACUACUUCAAGUACAACGGAAACUUCAACAA